GCCGGUGACGCACUUCCGGCCGCGCGCGGACCGUGCUGCGCAGGUGAGUGCGGACCCAUUGCGGUUCGCGGUGUGUCUUGGCGGACAGCACGCAGGGGCUCCCGCAGCCAGCCUCGCGGGCCACCAAGUCUCCGUGUCCACAGCGGUGACGCUUGAGUGGCGACCAUUGUCAGACCCAGAAAACUCAGCAGGUGGCGGAUCGGGGAAGCUGUGUCACUUCACAGAGGGGUAGCUGCGUGCGGGGGCGAAGCGGCUCGAGGUGACAUCGCAGGUCUCUUGACCCGCCGCGGCCCUGCAGCUCCAGUCCUUCCUUGAGAGGGAGACCAGGUGACAGCAGCCAUGAUCCCAUCGGUUUGGCCCCAGGUGAGCCGGGGGACCCUCAUCCUUUCUUCUGGGCAGUUCAGAUUGAGAGCUGGGAGCUGGCGAGACUUGGAAGGAAAAGCGCUUCUACCUGCCGGCCGGAUCUCAUGAGAAAGAGGGCAGACAGGUGGCAGAGACUUGGAGAGUGACCAGCGAAGGUGGCAGGACAGUGAACUCAGCAGACGGAGUCACACAAGGGUCUGCAUGGCACUGCACUUGAGCACCCUGGCAGAGGGCGUCUGGAAAAAAUGUUGCCAUGGAAACCACCCAUGUGGUACUUUGAGGAGUUGCAGAGGUUUAGGGUAAUUGAUAGCUGGGGUGGAAAGAAGAGCUGCAGUCCAGUAAGAAGGACGCUGUGCCUCUGACUAGGAGGGAUGAGGUCCAUGGUAGAAAGUGGGAGCAGGCAAGGGAGAGACAGCAGAGCUGUGAGUCCUGGGUGGGGGUCUAUGUGGGGAGUCAGGUGGCAGAUGGGUUAGAAGCCAGGCUACCCUUAGAAGGAUGAGGGGCAUGUGUUUUGCCAUAUGAGGAUGGGAGUCGUGGGACUGGGGCCUAAGGCAAACCAAAGAGGUGCCGAGACCUGGCAGGGAUGCAGUGGGAGCUGCAGAUGCUCCCAGCAGCUCCCAGCCAGUGAGGGACAGCCAGCCUGUCUAAGGGUACAAUUGUGUAGUCGAAUUUGCUCACGGGGGUUCUUUUUCUUUCAGCCGAGUGUGAAAGUGGCACGCGGUUUCUCUGCUAAGUCGGUGACCUUUGAGGACGUGGCUGUGUACUUCACCCAGACGGAAUGGGAUGGUCUGUCUCCUGGGCAGAGAGCGCUGUACAGGGAUGUCAUGCUGGAGAACUAUAGGAACCUGGCCUCUGUAGGAUUUCCACUUCUCAAACCUGCUGUGAUCUCACAGCUAGAGGAACGAAAGGAUCUGGAAAACCUGUUUCAGCUGGCCACUGGAACGGACUCCCAGGGCCUCUGGACUGAAUGUACUGCUGUCCAGUCCGGCAAUAAUCUGACAAAAGAAGUGCAUGAAGAAGAAAAGAGUACAUUAUUUGAACUUCAGAAGGACUUUUCUCAGGAAACAAACUUUUCAAAAACGUAUAUUUUGGGCCAACAACAGGAAAUCCGGUCAGCAGGAAGUGAGAGGGGGAGUGCCAGUGCCACCGAUGGAAGAGCUAAGGCGAGCUCUGUGGAAGGGUGUUUGUUUAGUCAGACUCCACAAUUGUCCCAGGAUCAUACCAGCUCCACUGGAGAGCUAUAUUCUGAUACCAAACUUAGUAAGAGUGAAAGAAUCACUACAGAGGAAAGACCUCUGAAACCCAGAGAAUUAGCAGAGGCUUCUCAAGGCAGCCCUCAAGUUAAUCAGCUUCCAGAGAUCUGUGAUGUGGAGAAGCCCUACCAGUGUGCAGAAUGUGGCAAAGCCUUCAGUGUUAAAGCCAAGUUCGUCUGGCAUCAGAGACUUCAUAAUGGAGAGAAACCUUUCAAAUGUGUGGAAUGUGGGAAGUGCUUCAGCUACAGUUCCCACUACAUCACACAUCAGACAAUCCACAGUGGAGAGAAGCCUUAUCAGUGUAAGGUAUGCGGCAAGGCCUUCAGUGUUAAUGGAAGUCUCGUUAGACACCAGAGGAUCCACACAGGAGAGAAGCCGUAUCAGUGCAAGGACUGCGGGGCUGGCUUCGGCUGCAGUUCUGCGUACAUUACUCAUCAGAGAACCCACACUGGAGAGAAGCCUUACGAGUGUAGUGACUGUGGGAAAGCCUUCAAUGUUAACGCAAAACUGAUUCAGCAUCAAAGAAUUCACACUGGAGAGAAGCCUUAUGAGUGCGAUGUGUGCGGGAAGGGCUUCCGGUGCAGCACCCAGCUUAGGCAGCAUCAGAGUAUACACACUGGGGAAAAGCCGCAUCGCUGCAGCGAGUGUGGGAAAGGCUUCACUAAAAAUGCAAAGCUCAUUCAACAUCAGCGAGUGCACACGGGGGAGAAGCCCUACGCCUGCAGUGACUGCGGAAAGACUUUCAGUGCCAAAGGGAAGCUGAUCCAGCACCAGAGGAUCCACACGGGCGAGCGGCCGUAUGAAUGCAGUGAGUGUGGGAAGUCUUUCAGGUGUAACUCCCAGCUUCGGCAGCAUCUGAGAAUCCAUACUGGGGAGAAGCCAUAUAAGUGCAGUGAGUGUGGCAAGGCCUUCAACGUCAAUGCGAAGCUGAUGCAGCACCGGAGAACCCACACCGGGGAGAAGCCCUUCGAAUGCAAGGAGUGCGGGAAAUGCUUUACUUCUAAAAGAAACCUGCUGGAUCACCAGCGAGCCCACACCGGAGAAAAGCCGUAUCAAUGUAGCGAGUGUGGGAAAGCUUUCAGUAUCAAUGCCAAGUUAACCAGACAUCAGCAAAUACAUACCAGGGAGAAGCCUUUCAAGUGUAUGGAAUGCGAGAAAGCGUUCAGCUGUAGCUCUGACUAUAUUGUGCACCAGAGGAUCCACACUGGAGAGAAACCCUUUCAGUGUGGCGAGUGUGGCAAAGCCUUCCACGUCAAUGCUCACUUAAUUAGACACCAGAGAAGCCAUACUGGGGAGAAACCUUUCCGGUGCACAGAAUGUGGCAAGGGCUUCAGCCUUAGUUCUGACUGUAUUAUACAUCAGACUGUCCAUACUUGGAAGAAACCCUAUGUAUGUAACGUAUGUGGGAAAACUUUCAGGUUUAGCUUCCAACUAAGCCAGCACCAAGAUGUUCACAAUGAAGACAAAUCCUAAUGAAGAAAAAAAAAACUAAAAAAACAAAAAAACCCCAACCCACCAACCAAACAAACAAAAAAACACCCCAAAAACAACAACAACAACAAACCCACACAGAUACACAAAAUAAUACCAACAAACAAGCCAAAACCAAACCAACCAACCAAACCUAUGUUUAAUAAGAAACGGAUUGUGGCUCAUCAAUUAUUACUUGGAGGAAAACCAUUAGAGGGAAAUGAUUGUGGCAGUCUUCAUUUGGAAACAAUUUUUCUCUUUUAUUUUUAAUCAGGAUGAGCAGCUGGAAAAAUAUAUCAAAAAUAACGUUUUUUAAAAAUGUAUAUUUGUUUUUCAAGACAGGGUUUCCCUGUGUAGCUUUGGCUAUCCUGGAGCUGGCUGUGUAGACCAGGCUGGCCUCCAACUCAGAUGCACCUGCCUCUGCCUCCUGAGUGCUGAUGUUAAAGGUGUGCAUCACCACCACCCAACUAAUAACUUGAUUUAUAGCAGUAACCAGUCAGGAAAUAUAAUGAAAGAAAACAUCCUAUUCCCAGCAGCACCACGAAAAGUAGAUUUUCUAGGAAUUUUGUGGGGCUGAAGAAAAUGAGGGAUUCUCAACUGAGGGAGACCAAAGGAAACAAAUACAAGAAGGCGGAGAGAAAUGAAUGUAUUGCUGCUUCAUUUUGACAACAAGAAUGCAUUACACUUUCUUUAAAAGGGGGAAAAGCAAACAUUAAAAUAAAAAUUGUUCAAAGAAGCCUUUAAAAACAUCAGAUCCAAAGUGGAGAUGAACAAGAAGGAAAAUGUUGGCAAAUGACCACUCAAAAAUAAACAAACCUGUGUGUUUGGUUGUAAAUACUUCCAAAUAAGUUUGAGUUGUAAAACACAGACAUACACACACACACAAAUGGAAAGACCUUUGUAAAAUCUGUGAUAUAAAGUGUAAUAUCUAGUGCUCAGAUUUUAACAAAAGAUAACUUAAAAAUCAAUAGUGACAUUAACAGACAGUAUUCUAGAGUCACAAGAGUUCUAAAGAACCCCAAGGAGUGCAAAUUAGUGAAGACUUGCAUGCAUGUCACAUUGAGUAUAUGAUAUGCUUACCCCCCAAUCCUCUGCAGCCCUCAGUGAAUGUAGAUGCUGUAUUUGCUAUCGAUGCCUGCCAUACAAGCAUACACUAUAUUAACAGCAUGUUAGAGUUCCUACUUUGUAUUGACUGAACUCUUCAAACAUAGCUACGCCCUGAAGGAAGGUAUCCUGCUUUGAUUUUGAUGCUUUGUGAAUUGGGCUCCAUGAAGAUGUUGGAAUUCUUGAGAUACCCUUUGAAAUCUCUUACCCCCUUUAAGAAAAAUGUAAGCCAUUAGUAAGAGCACUUGAGCUGCCCAGAAGCUGAGAAACAGCUGUUGUUUCUCUGUUGUCAACUGGUAAUAGUUAAGAAAAGUUUUCUUACUUAAAACACCUCUAGUACCAAAUAUUCAUGUUUCCACACCAGUUCAAUUGUUUGAAGACACCAACUGGAUGUCCUCCAAUCUAUAUCAAUUUAGUCUCUACCCAUAAUAUCCUGCUAGUGAGAUGGGCUUAGUCUGAGAAGACUGUCUCUCCCCACCCUCCCCACAUUCAGACAUUAAUGAGGAGUCCUACAUUACUGAUUUGGCUACAGAUUGAACCCUCUGGGUUCAGUAAUUUGCUAUGGUAACUCACCAAACAUAAAUUGUUUAAAGUUACCAUUUACUCUAUAUUGUGAAUGUCACAGGAGCAGCCAGAUGAAGAGAUGGAACAAGAUCCAAAGGGUUCCCACGUGAAGGUGUGUUUGUCUUUAUAGAGUUGGAGUGCCUUACCCUAUUGAGCCUUGUUUAGUGCUUUUAUGGAGAUUACACUGUGUGCCCAUGAUUGAUGAAGUCCUUGGCUGUUACAUAAGUUUCCCCUGCCAGAAGUCAACAGGGGUUGCUGAAAGUUCCAACUCUGUUAGCACAUAGUUGGCUCCUUUGACAAUCAGCCCUAAUCCUGGAGUUAGUGACACUGAGUCUAGCAACAAGUCACUUUAGCAUAAACAGAUGGCUGUAAGAGACCUUAGGAGUAACAAAAGGCUUUAUAAUAUUUUUCUGCUGGAAACAAGAGAGACCAAACAUACUUAAGUCACAGACAGAAACCCAUUUACUUGGUUCACAUCCCCUUAUGUCUGUCUGGGCAAUUUGGGGAUUUGUUUGUCUUUGGUUCAGUAGUUAAGUGGGAUAAAAUGAAAAUGCAGCACUCUGGAAGCUGUCAAUCUAGGAACACACACGAACAUUAGACAGUGCAGAAUAUUAGUGUUUUUCCAUAAAGCAGUUCUUUCCAAAAUGUCUUCAUUUAAAAGUAUGUAAUGGCUAGUGACAUGGCUCAGCAGGUAAAGGCGAAGCCCAACCUGAGUUUCAACCUCUAGAGCCCACAUGGUGGGAAGGACAGACUGACACACAGUUGUCCUCUGGUCUCUGUGCAUGCAUGAAAACAAUGUCAUUCUUAAAAACUAAAAUACCUAUACUGAAAUUAAGCAUUUUGAUCAUCUUGAAGUGUGCAACUUGUCUAUUCAAAUAAAUCUAAUAAAACUGCAGAAUUGCUGAGA